UUUACUGGCGAGAGAGAAAACCCUGCAUUUGACUUUCGUUUCUCGCUCUUUACCAGCGUCACAAAACAUGACUGUUGGGUACCAGAAAAGAAGCCUCAGACUCGCCGAGAUUGCUUGAGCCUGUUUCAUCCUUGAGUUUCGUUUCUGCUUCAGGCGCGGUUAUUUCCCAACAGAAGCAGGAAAGCAGCGGGGAGGGGGAGGAGAGGGAGUUAAUACUCUGCUGCGGAUUUGAAGCACAACACACAGCUGCUGCAGCCAAGAGACAGGGUGUUUGGUCGCUGAGAAACCAGAGGAAAGCAAAAAUGUCUGUCGAGAAUAUGAACAAAAAUGGUCCAGUUUUACCAGGGAAUGAGCAAGAAGAGAUAACAGAAGGGGCCUCUCUGUGCAGCCAAUAUGAGGCAAAGGUCCGUCCUUGCAUUGACCUCAUUGACUCUCUGAGAGACCUGGGUGUGGAAAAGGACUUGGGUCUGCCGGCGAUUGCUGUGAUUGGAGAUCAGAGCUCUGGGAAGAGUUCUGUUCUAGAAGCACUGUCCGGCGUAGCUCUUCCAAGGGGCAGUGGUAUUGUUACAAGAUGCCCCUUAGAACUAAAACUGAAGAAAACGCACCACACAAAGGAAUGGAAAGGGAAGAUUGCAUAUUUGGAUACAGUGCAAGAACUGAAUAAUUCGUCAGGAGUAGAAGAGGCAGUGAUAACAGCUCAAAAUAAAAUGGCUGGUAAAGGAGUGGGCAUUAGCCAUGACUUAAUUAGCCUGGAAAUUUGCUCCCAUGAUAUUCCAGACCUUACUCUAAUAGAUCUUCCAGGGAUUGCAAGAGUUGCUGUUGGUAACCAGCCGGAAGACAUUGGAAUGCAGAUAACUACAUUAAUUCAGAAAUACAUUAACAAACAAGAAACAAUCAAUUUGGUGGUGGUGCCAGGUAAUGUAGAUAUUGCAACAACAGAGGCACUGAAAAUGGCACAGGAAGUAGACCCACAAGGAGAGAGAACUCUUGGCAUUGUGACUAAGCCUGACUUGGUUGAUAAAGGAGUUGAGGAAGAAAUAGUUGACAUAGUUCAGAAUCAGAGAGUUCCCCUGAGAAAAGGAUAUAUGAUAGUUAAAUGUCGUGGACAGACUGACAUCAACAAGAAAGUGAGUUUGAAAGAUGCAAUCCAGAACGAGAGAAGAUUUUUUGAAGAGCACACCAUUUUCAGGUCCCUCUUGGAGGAAGGUAAAGCCACCAUCCCUCUUCUGGCAGAACGGCUUACGCAGGAACUGAUAGAACACAUUAAUAAAUCAUUACCCUCUUUAGAAAGGCAAAUAAAGGACAAACUUGAGGAAGCGAGUAUAAAGCUAGAGCACUGUGGUCAAGGUGUACCUGAAACACAGGAAGACCAGACACGUUUUCUUAUACAGAAAAUCACAUAUUUUACUCAGGCCCUCUCAAAAAUAAAGGAAGGAGAAGAUGUUUCAGCAGAUUUCAAAAAACCGAGGUUGUUCACAACAUUGCGGCGCUUCUUUAACACUUGGCAAGAUCAGAUAAAGUCAAAUAUAUCAGAUGUGAGAAAUAAUUUGGAAGAAAUUUGGAAUUUUGAAUACAAAUACCGAGGCAAAGAACUCCCAGGAUUUGUCAGUUACAAGACAUUUGAAGUCAUUGUAAAACAGCAAAUUGAAAAACUAAAAUUGCCUGCUGUUGAAAUGUUGAAGGAAGUAGCAGAACAUGUUCAAGAAGUGUUUGUUGAAACUGCUGUGCUACACUUCAGUAAUUUUUACAACCUUCUUAGAGCUGCUAAGAACAACAUUGACGAUAUAAAAGAGAAGCAAGAAAAGAAAGCAGAAUCUAUGAUCAUCAAUCACUUUAAACUGGAAAGUCUUGUGUACUGCCAAGACAAUAUUUAUAGUAUUGAUAUAGAGGCGGUUCGAGAAAAUAAUCCACUUCUGCUUCCACCAAAAAUAUCUCUUCCAACUUCUGCAGCAACAUGCUCAUUGAAUGAAAUGAAUUACCACCUGACUGCCUACUUCAAAAGUGCAGGAAUCCGGCUUGGCACCCAAAUUCCCAUGAUUAUUCAGGGAAUCGUUCUCCAUGAUUUUGUUGAGGAGUUACAGCAUGCAAUGAUGCAACUCUUGCAGAACAAGGAACAGUAUGAUGUUCUUCUCCAUGAGCGAAAGGAUUCUUCCGGUGAAAGGGCUACUCUACAGGAGCGGAUCAAGCGUCUCACCAAAGCUCGACAGCGGCUAGCAAGAUUCCCUCUUUAAACAAGAUGUUAGUCCCCUCCUUCUCCUCUGUCAGAUUGGGGAAUCCAACUUAGUGUUGGAGUAUUUGCAGCUCAAUUGAUAACUUGUUACGAAAAUCAAAAAUUAGGCCACAAUGUCAUGAAUAUCAGGCCUAAAAAAUACCUUCAGUACAUCAAAGGAGAGACCUACCCCCCUACCCAAUGGUCUUCUUCUCCUUACCCCUCAGUCAAAUAUCCCUUUAUUUCCUUUCCACCAGUACAAUCGCUCCCUACGCCUUACUCCCAGCCCUAUAGUCCUCUACCCUUCACAUCCAAACCAAUAGCUCCCUAUCCCUCAGCAUAACAGCUCUUUUCUCCCUAUCUUCCAGUCCAAUAACUUCCUACCCACUAUUUUCCAGCUCAAGAGCUCUUCAUCAUCUCUCCUUCACUCCAAUAGCCCUUUAUCCCCCAGCCUAAUAGCCCUUAACCCUUCUCCCCUCAGCCCAAGAGCUCCCCAUUUCCUAUUCUCCACUGCAAUGGCCAUUUCUUUCACAUUCCCCAGUCCAUAGUUCCACUGGAAUAUAAUUUUUU